AUGGUAAGCACAACGAUGUCAUCUCUGCUGCACGAUAGAGGCGAUUCGAAACAAGGCCAUGAUCAGGGGCCCUAUCGUAUCGAUUCUACGCACUUGGCGAUGCCAUUCAGCAAGCCUGUUGCUCGCCUCCUUUCCGCAGCCGCUUUGGGAAUGGAGUCUGGGGAAACGCCCGUUUAUUCUACUGGAACGUGCGGAGACUAUCAUCUGUCUAGGGAUGGUUGCCCCCUACUGGGUCCGGUCCUUGGUGAUGCGCUACAUUCAUUGCCCAUCUCUCCGCCCGCCUCUUAUGCAGCCUUUACGGUAUUCUACUGGCCAGGGGAAGAAAUAACAGGGUCGGAUCCAUCAACAUUAUUGAAGCCCAACGAGAGCCGACGCUGGCCUCCCUCACCCAGCGUUGAGGAUGAAUGCGAAUCCCUAUCCCGCGAACUCCUAGACUUGUCUGUCUUAGACACAAUGUUGAAUAAUGAUACAAUGAUUCCGAAGGGAACUGUAGAUCAGUAUCCCCUUAUACUCCCGUCCAACAUCGUCACUCCAUGCUCAACACCCCCGGACGCAUGUGGAAGCCCCAUCAAUCCAAACGCCGGAAGCAAAUCAUCCAACGGAAAUAUUGGCCUUACAACUGCUCAGUCUCCUCCCAGCAAUGGUUCUGCUUCAGAUACACAGCAGGGGUCGAAUGCCACUGCUCCGUCUUACUUCCUCCAUGAAGCGUCCAACCCCAAUGGGUUUUCUGGAAUUCCGGAGGUUCCUGAGCCUCAUGGAUGGCCAGUCAGCCACCCGCAAGACUCACUCCAAGAAAAGCCCGGCCUAAGCAGACAUUUCUCUGAGGGAGACGAAAAGCUUGGUCUCCACAACGCACCCGUCAGGCGAGCAGAAUGUUGCAGUGAUGAUGAAAUACGUCCAUCCCACCGUGGCUCAGACGGCCCAGAAACCCCCCAAAACACCUUACCGGUUAAGAAAAAGAAGGUGAACUUUCAGCUUCCCGACGACUCUCCCGAUGGGAGACUGCCACAACAUGACACCGAACCUGCCUUGAAGCAUGAGUUUGAGCCUUCCCUUGGUCAUUCAGAAGAAAUCCAUACUUCCCGCCGUUCAAGUCUAUAUUAUGAAGAUGAAACGCCAAUGGAUAACUACGAUCCCACUUUCAUAACUUAUAGACAGGAUUACACAUAUCUUGCCCAUCCUCAGCCACUCAAAAUCAACUGCAACUACGCCCAUCUCAAUCUCCAAGACGACAUACCCCUUAGCCUUCGGGUUCCCCGCCUCAGCCCAAUCGCUCGCGCUGCCUUGGAUAAAACCAAGAUAGCACUGCCAACCACGAAUAAUGACUCUCGAGCUUCCACGAACUCCUCCCCGGUCCGACGAAGAGGGCCUUUCUUAUCCCCGCCUUUGUUGCCCUCAGGUUACGAGGUGAUUAUUAGAAGGGGUGGCGACAAGCAGUCAAAACGCAACAGCGUUCCAGCCAUGACUCCAUCGCAUCUUCUGUCCAGAUCACGAAGCUCAACAGUUCCCUCGCAGGUCGUAGUAGUGCGCCGUCAUCAAGCCCCCGCGGCCGCUCCCCCUGUCGUUGCCCUUGCCCCUUGCCCUCGAUCCAUUCCCAUGGCUGGCCAUCAGGACUGGUACACCAUCAAGGGCAUGACACACUUGGACAUCUGCCCUUGUUGCAUGAGCCAGAUUGGCGCCUCCCGGUUCCGGCAUCUUUUCAUCCCCAGCCUUCCCAGAGACCGCAAUGCGAAAGUCCGCUGCUCCCUUAGCCAACCAUGGGCACGGCUCGCCUGGGUCCAAACAAUGAAGCUGAAACUCAACCACCUCGAGCUGCUCCAGCGCAUUACCCUUCCCCCACCGGGAAGCCGUCCAUGCAGCGGCCGUAACCCCUCAGUGCAGUCUUGGUACCGCCUUGCGGACCCCGAAACAGGCCGCAACAUCACCGACUUCAGCGCGUGCUCCGCCUGCUUCCGUAACCUGCAAAUCCUCAUGCCCUCACUCCGCGACGCAUUCCGCUCCGGCCCACUCGUCCAAGAGCGCAUUUGCGACCUCCGCAUCGACAGCCCCCGCUUCGUCCGCUACCUCGAUCUGCUAGACGAAGCCGCAACGCGCAGUUACUCCGCUCCGCGCGGCCAACUGGACAUGCGCGAAUUUGUCAGGUACGCUCGACGCAAGAGCAGCAUCCGCGACUGUCCCCGCGACCACUUUUCUGCAGGGCCAUGGCAUUAUAUCCCCAACCUGCCCGAGUUUACCAUCUGCGAGGACUGCUAUGAUGACGUUGUCUACGAUCGAUCCCACACGGGCAUUGGCAAGAUGGUUUCACGAACGCCGCAGAUGGUCCCCGGACCCCGGGAUCAGCAAUAUACAUGUCAGCUGUACAGCCCGCGUAUGAGGACCGUGUUCCGCGAGGCCGUACAGGAUGGGGACUUCAAAUACUUAGCCACAGCUGCGCUGCGCAGGCAUGAGGCGGAGAUCACGUUCCGAGAACGGAAGAAGGCGCUACUACAUGAUGUGGCUAGGGGUUACGAUAGGGACGCAGAGUUGAGGUGGAAUGCAGAAGAUUGGAGGAGGAGUGAAUAA